AUGCCUGGCACGCGUGAUGUCGUGCUUUCCCCCAGCUGGUUCGAGGAGGCAUUUGGUGUGCCGGAAGGGAGAUAUAAAGACAUGAGGAAUGACUUCGAGGCAGCAGCAGGCCUUCUGAUUUGCAAGAGCACCGGCAAGAUGUUUCAGGCUGGAACUUUGAGAACGCCAACACUCGCAAGCUUGAAAGCCCAGUUGGACACUGCCAGACAGGACGGACAUGGUGACUAUUACCAUGCCGGGGCCUUGAACUUCGAGAACGUGACCAGCGACUCGCUGAGCCUCUACCAGGACCCCAAGAACGCCAACGCCGUCUUCCAGGUCUGCUCGCUCUUCAACUGCCUGGAGACGACGGAGGGCCACCAGCCCGAGGAUGGGAUCACGCACUACUGCUCGAAGGCCACGCAAGGGGCCGCGUCGGCGAUCGCCUGCCCGGCAGCUGCCUUCUUCAGGAACUACUUCGUCCAUUCCACGGGCCAAGGGGCCUCUGGGAGACCCGUGGAUUUGCUGGAGGAGCUGGGCAACGUGGUGCAGAAUUCCAAAAACGGCUACUGGACGAUGAAGAACGGCCACUGCCUUCCGCGCGUGGACGGGAGCAUCGCGAGGCUGAGCCAGCGCCUGGCCACGAACCACGAGCUCGAACAUCAGGCUCGCGAGGCUGUCCAGGUUGGCGUGCACUGGGAGACGGAGGUGUGGCAGAUGAGUCACCAGGUCUGCCAGGUGCUCUGUGGCGCCUUACCUGUGGGCUACCUGAAGGCAGUCCGCUCAAACGAUUGGUCCGUCUUUGCCAAGGUGGUGCUCCAGGCGGCCUAUGAGGCCACGCUGACGGUGGCCUCCUGCCUCGCUGCCAAGAGAGGGGCCCGCGUCAAGGUCUUCUUGACGGCCGUCGGCGCCGGAUCCUUGAGCAACAGGGUCUCCUGGAUCGCGAGUGCCUUGGAGCGCUCCUUGGAAGAGUUCGCCUCGGAGCCUCUGGAUGUGGUCUUGGUGCACUUCGCUGCUCCCCAAGUGGACUUCGAAGAGCUGGAGGCGGGUCGGAACGGCUCCUCCAUCUCGCUGAGGCCUCUCACGCCCACGACGCCGUCCCGCCUCAAUGAGAGGCUCCGCGACUACGGAGUCGAAGAUCAGCCCGAGGAGGACCACGUGGCGGUGAUGAGGAAGGCUUUUUCACUCUACGAUCAGAAUGGCGAUGGCGUCUUGGACCGGGCGGAGUUCUUCACGAUGCUGCACAAGCUGGACGAGGAGUUCUUUACUCCUCACGUGGUCGACGUUCUGCUGAAGGAGGCAGAUGUGGACCAAGAUGGCAAAAUCUACUACCACGAGUUUGUUCGGUGGAUUUGCCAGGAAGAUGAGGACAUCGUGAACCGCGUCUUGCGCUGA